CUACAAUGCUGUAAUAUAUCUAUUUUCCACAUUGUAUUUGAGAAACGGCCAGUGAGACAGGUGUGGGAGCACAGGUGUGGAUUGACACGGUGAAACCCGCUCGGUUCUGAUCGGUCUGAGCAGAACCUGAAACCUCAGGCUGUGAAGACGUUUCUUAAUGUUCUUCAUGGUUCUUGUUCUCUGUCCAUGCUUUCAUCAAACCCUUGGACAUUGGUGUGGAGGUCAUCAUCUCUGACCCGUGAGGAGCCUUGUCUGGCCAUGACAAUUGGUCUGUCAUGGCCAGACAAGUGUUCUCAGAUUGAGACGUUUUUUGACACACCCAGUCCUUGAAUUUGAGGGAAUUUGUCCUGGCAAGUUGUAAAAAGACUAAAUGUUUUAAGUUUAGUUUUAUUGCUCUUAUCUUUCCUAACAAAUUCCGUAUGUUACUAAAUCAAUGUUUUCUCUGAUGUUGGGCGUGGCUCCUGUUUGAAAAGUUGAACGUACAUUAGAGUUCAUCGCAGGGGGAGGCGCUUACGGCUCAACAGCACCACCUUUUUCAAAGUUUGCUUGUUCUACCAGCACCAACCGUUCCAUUCCAUCGGGGGGAGCCAGUGUAACAUGGUGCGUCCAGUGUGGGCGGAGCAGAGAGGCGUGUCCUCACAGAGAGGCGUACCCUCACUGAGAGACCACACGUCAAACUCCAGCAACUGAAGGCAGACUUUCCUGUCCUGCCGGUUUUGGACCCGCCGGUCUUCACGCCUCAGUACCACUGCUCUCAGACUUGAAUCAUCCUGACGAUGAUGGAGGACGAUGAGGACAGAGCCGCGUCUCCAGGAAUCAGCUAUAUGUCCAUGAGAAGAAGGUCCAAGGAUGAAUCUCUGUACCAACGUCGACCUUCAGACUCAAAGAUCAGACUGCCUGAAGUCCAGAUGAUGUUGAGUGACAGUGAGGACAAUGAUGAGGACAGAGCACCAUCUCCAGUGUCUGUGAGAACUGACUGGUCCAAAGAUGAACCCCUGUACUUCAGGAACCAACCUGGACCUUCAGACUCAAAACAUGAGAAGCACGGACUGACAGUUGUCCCUCCAUUACCCAACUGUCCAUCUGUGAAGAGUGACUGGUCCAAAGAUGAACCUCCGUUCUUCAGGAACCAACCUGGACCAGACUCAAAAAAGAACCUUGGUGAGUCUGUGGACGCGCAGAUGUCCUGCUGCUCUGUGUGUCAAGAUGACCUGAGGAAUCCCGUGUCUUCCAGCAGUGGAGUCUGGUUCUGCAGACAAUGUAUCACUGUACAGACAGAUGUUGGUCUGCAGGAGGUUCUAGAUGAACAUAAGAUCAGUCUGAAGAAGAAAUUUGAACAUGUGACUGAAGGAAUUGAUGACAAAAGAAGUAGAAUCCUCCUGAACAGGAUCUUCACUGAGCUCUACAUCACAGAGGGACAGAGUGAAGAGGUCAAUACUCAACAUGAGGUGAGGCAGCUGGAGAUGACCUCCAAGAAGAAGAUGGUCCAGGACACUCCCAUCAAGUGCUGCAACAUCUUUAAAGCCUUACCUGACCAGCAGGGGAGCAUCAGAGUUGUCCUGACCAAUGGCGUCGCUGGUGUUGGAAAAACCUUCUCGGUGCAGAAGUUCACUUUGGACUGGGCCGAGGGUUUGGAAAACCAGGAUGUGAAUCUGCUGAUUGUGCUCUCGUUCAGGGAGCUGAACCUGAUCAGAGAUCAGCAGCACAGUCUUCUCACGCUGCUCCAUGUUUUCCAUCCAACAUUAGAGAAGGUCAGAGCAGAGAAGCUUGCUGUCUGUAAACCUUUGUUCAUCUUUGAUGGCCUGGAUGAAAGCAGACUCUCACUGGACUUCAACAGCAGGACGCUGGUUUCUGACGUCACACACAGGUCAUCAGUCAACAUGCUGCUGACCAACCUCAUCCAGGGGAAUCUGCUUCCCUCAGCUCUCGUCUGGAUAACUUCUCGACCUGCAGCGGCCAAUCAGAUCCCUCCUACAUGUGUUGACAGGGUAACAGAAGUACGAGGCUUCACUGACGACCAGAAGGACGAGUACUUCAGGAAGAGAUCUAGAACUGAAGAUCUGUCCAGCAGAAUCAUCUCACACAUCAAGACAUCCAGGAGCCUCCACAUCAUGUGUCAAAUCCCAGUCUUCUGCUGGAUCAGUGCUACAGUUCUGGAGCACAUGUUGACCUCAGAGCAGAGAGAAGAGCUGCCCAAGACCCUGACAGAUAUGUACUCAAACUUCCUGCUGGUUCAGAUUAAGAGGAAGAAGAACAAGUACGAUAAAGGACGUGAGACGAGUCCACAGGAGCUGAUGGAGGCCAACAGGGAUAUUCUUCUGAAGCUGGGGAGGCUGGCCUUUGAACAACUGCAGAAAGGAAACAUCAUGUUCUACCAAGAAGACCUGGAACAGUGUGGUCUUAGUGUGAACGAGGCCUCGGUGACCUCAGGAGUUUGUACAGAGAUCUUCAGACAAGAGAGUGUGAUCUUCCAGAAAUCAGUCUACUGCUUUGUUCAUCUGAGCGUUCAGGAGUUUCUGGCUGCAGUCUACAUGUUCCACUGUUACAUUAGCAGGAACUCACGAGCGGUGGACGACUUCCUAGGAAAAGACUUCAAAUACCAGCGGUUUACAUCAAACCAUUAUGUCAUCAUGUUUUUUAAAUACUGUGGAGAAAUUAAUUGCUCUGAACCAACUCUGAAUGACCUCCUGCGAGGAGCCGUGGAGAAAUCCCUUGAAAGUAAAAAUGGUCACCUGGACCUGUUUGUUCGAUUCCUUCAUGGUCUCUGUCUUGAGUCCAACAGGAGACUCUUGGGAGGCCUGCUAGGUCAAAUGGGGAACACUCCAGAGCUCGUCAAGGAAGCCAUUGACAACCUGAAGCAGAUGAAUAGAGAUGAUGUUAUGCCUGACAGAUACAUCAACAUCUUUCACUCUCUGGCGGAGAUGAACGACCAAACAGUGCAUCAAGAGACCCAAGAGUUCCUGACUUCAGAGACCAGAACAAACCAAAAACUCUCUGCGAUCCACUGCUCAGGUCUGGCCCACAUGCUGCAGAUGUCAGAGGAGGUUCUGGAAGAGUUGGACCUGAGGAAGUACAACACCUCAGUCGAGGGAUCUCAGAGACUGAUUCCAGCUGUGUGCAACUGCAGGAAGGCUCGACUUUGUGGGUCUCAACUGUCAAAGACUCACUGUGAAGUCAUAGCCUCAGCUCUGACCUCCAGCCCCUCCCAUAUGGUAGAACUGGACCUGAGUGACAACCACCUGCGGGGUUCAAGAAUGAAGCUGCUGUCUUCUGGACUGGAGAGUCCUAACUGUAGAUUGGAGACUCUGAGCUUGAGUCGCUGCAGUUUGAGAAAAAGCUGCUGUUCUUCUCUGGCCUCAGCUCUGAAGUCCAACCCCUCCCACCUGAUACACUUGGACCUGCAUUACAACAAGUUUCAGGACUCAGGAUUGAAGGAGCUGUGUGGCUUUCUGAAGAGUCCACACUGUCGGCUGGAGACUCUGAGGUUGGAUACAUGCAAGCUGUCAAAGACCAGCGGUUCUUCUCUGGCCUUAGCUCUGAACUCCAACCCAUGUAGUCUCAAACACCUGGACCUGAGUUGGAACAAGCUGAAGGACGCGGGAGUGAAGAAGUUAUGUGUUUUUUUGGCGAGUCCUUACUGUCGGCUGGAGACUCUGAGGUUACGUUCCUGCAGUUUCUCAGAGAUCAGCUGUUCUUCUCUGGCUGCAGCCCUGCAGUCCAACCCCUCCCACCUGACAAAACUGGACCUGAGCAGCAACUUCCUGACUGAGUCAAACCUGCAGGAGCUGUUUCAUGUCAUGAAGAGUCCAGACUGUCAACUGAAGAUGCUGAGAUGGGAAUGGACGAAUAAAAUAAAAGAAGAGUGGUGAACAUUGAACCUGAGACAGAAGAUGGUGACGAUGAUCACAUGACUAGAGUAGAACCAGUAGAAAUGAUGUAAAUUAAAAUAAUAGAGUGAACUGAGGUUUUAAAGU